AUGGCUUUUAAGAAAUCAAACAAACUGCCUCAAACAACGCCUUUCAAACAAAUCAUCAAGAGAUGCUCAAGCUUUGGGAAGAAACAGAGCUUCAACCAGGAAGAAGGGCUUCCUUAUGAUGUGCCAAAAGGCCAUUUUGCUGUGUAUGUGGGGGAGAACAGAAGCAGGUACAUUGUUCCCAUUUCAUGGCUCACUCAUCCGGAGUUCCAAAACCUUCUUCAAAGAGCUGAGGAGGAGUUUGGCUUUAAUCAUGACAUGGGUCUUACCAUUCCUUGUGAAGAAGUUGUUUUCAGUUUUCCUCAGUGA